GGGGUCCUGAAUCCACAUCCUCUGCUCUGAGUCUGUCAGCUCUCGUUGGGGCGAUGGCAGCUUUGCAUUGGAUUGUUGCGACCAUGUGCUAAUUUCAAGUUUGAAUCUGCAUGACCUUGUUGCGGGACGUCUUGUGGCAGUCAUCUGAAGCGAUAGCUCUUGCGGAGAAGCACCGAACGACCCCUCGUAUUUUGGAAUUCUGCUCCGAAAUUAGCGAGGCAGAACUGGAUUGAGUUAAUAGUAAAGAGAUUUGCGUUGCUCAAGGAAUUUUAUGAAUUUUUUGCGCGAGUUGAUCAGAUCCCAUGGGGUACGAAUUUUUUAUGAAGCUCUUGUGCUGUAGAGUGCAAGUCCUGAUUUCGGGUGGCUUCUGAAGGGAGAUUUGAUUGAACAAUCUUACAGAUUGCCCUGCUGAGUUUGUAAUUGGCGAGUUAGGGUUUGAAUAGUUUUUUGUACAUUUUUCACGGUAUUUUAGGAGAUAAGCUUGAGCUUGAGGGGUUUGCUAUGGAAAAGCCUCAAAAUUACUACUCUGCGCUUGCUUCGCUCGACGACAACGAAGACGAGGAUCAGAGAAGUAGUCAGAAAGAUGCAGGGGCUUCGCAGGGAAGCGGCGCGGCGAAGAGUUCCGGCAAUGGGAAGAAGAAGAAAACUGGUGGAGGAAGAAGGAAGGAAGAAGAGGUCUCUGCGGAUGUCAAGGUGGGGCGCGUGCGAAUGCCGCUUGUUUGGAUUGAUCUUGUGAUGUCGGGGCUAGACAUUGAGAAAGACAGGAUCCUGGAGAUUGCUUGUGUAGUGACAGACGGCAGGUUGGAGAGGACGUUUGAGGGUCCGGAUAUAAUCGUCUCGCAGCCAGAAGAGAUCCUCGAAGGGAUGGAUGUAUCGUUUCGAGAGCAUCAUGCUGCAAGCGGGCUGAUGGAUGGUGUUCGGGCAAGUUCAGUGACAGAAGAAGAAGCUGAGCAAGAGGUGUUGAAGUUUGUUCGCAAGUACACUAGAGGGAACUCUGGACAACCUUUGCUUGCUGGGAACUCAGUAUAUGUGGAUCUCCGGUUCUUGAAUAAGUACAUGCCCACCUUAGCUGCCGAAUUUUCUCAUGUGUUGGUUGAUGUGAGCAGCAUCCGAGCGCUCUGUGUGCGUUGGUAUCCGAGAGAAGCCGAAAAGCAACCGGCUAAGCAACUCCAGCAUCGAUCCUUAGCCGACAUCAAGGAGAGUAUUGCAGAGCUCAAAUAUCUGCGACGAAAUAUUUUCAAGCAACCGCAGAAAUGACAGUUUUCUCAUGAGAAGGUUAUGCAAUCUCCAAGUGACUUUCAAGGCAGUAGCGUAGAGGAGCUUGUGAUCACGACUGCAAAUUACAUCAGCCUUUUGAGCGAAGACAUUUGUUCAUCGCUGUGCUACAUUGAAUGCUGCCAAGCUGAAGGACCGUGGUUGCCGGCCAAUAUCCAGCUGAAAUUGAUUCUUUAACAUCAGGGAUUUGUAAAUAUGACUUCGUUACAAUCAUGCAGGCAUGAUAUCCAGUUAUCUACGUAGUAAUCGGGCAACCUGUACUUUUGAUGGACAACCCGUAUGUGUCCGACAAAAAAGUGAUCAUUAACUCAGUUUGCAUUCGACUUCAAACGUUUGGCCACUAAUCGUCAUCUUUGAUUCAUAUCUUCUCUCACCAGCAACUGUGUAGCUCAUUCGGCUGGAAUGGUUGCAAAAAUUGGCCAGCAUCACUCACUGAUGUGCGAAGCAGAUGCUGCUGUCAGCACACUGAUGUAAACUAGGUAUAUUUGAUACAAAACUAUUUACCAUGUUUA